UCCGUCAUUAAUCGUUAGUCAGUCGUAGAGUUGCAACGAGUCUAUUUUUCCGAGCUAUGGUCCAGCCCCCUCCCAUAAAUUCCAACUACCAAGUCCACCUCCGCCGGCCCACCGCCACCACAGCCGCCACCACAUCCACUCAUCAUUCCGACAGGUCACCUCCAUCUCCUAGAUCCUGCAGUUUUCUCCAUUCCACACUGCAUACUUCUCCUUUCCGAUCGAAUCCCCCCCUCCAGUUGCAACCUCUCCACAAAAAAAAAAUAAAAAAUAAAAAAUAAAAAAUAAAAAAUAAUGGCAUUUUCCCUCCCCUUCCUCCUCCUCCUCCUCUGCUGCGCCGCCGGCGCUCGCGUCAGCCAAGCUGCUCCUCCCCUCGCCGCCCCGUCGCCUUCUCCCGACUGCUCCUCCGAGCUCCUUAACCUCGUCAGCUGCCUCUCCUUCGUCCAAAACGACAGCACCGCUGCCAGGCCGGAUGCCCAGUGCUGCUCCAGCCUCGGAAAGGUGGUCGAGGAGGCCCCCGCCUGCAUCUGCCACCUCUCCAGCCAAGGACAAGCCCAAAGCUUCAAUAUCAACGUCACCAAGGCCCUCACCCUUCCCUCCGACUGCGACAUCCCCACCCCCUGCAACAUUUCCGGUGCUCCUGCUGCUGCUGCUGCUGCUUCAGGUCCGUCCCCUUCAUGCGGUGCGCCUUCCUCAGUAUCUGGAGUCGAGUUCCUCAGCGGUUUUGCUGUGGCUCUGUGGUUGUACUACCAGUCUCACUGAUUUGCAUCAUGCUCUUUGUCGAGAUCCCUGUGGCUUUUGUUCCUAUUGCUGAUGUGUUGAACUUUUGUGCUUAGUUUGAGUUUAAUUCGCCGAGUGGAUCCUUGUGGUUCUUGUUGGGUUCAGUUGAAAAUUGUUUUUCCACGCAUUUGCAAGUUAUUCACUUUAUCGAUAAA